ACUCCUGAUUGGACUUACGGUGUGGCUCUUAGCUUGCUAACCGCCAUAUCAUUUGCUCACAUCGACGUAUUUGGUGGUAUUACCGACUAAUCGUGGUUCUGUGACGGUCUUAAAUAUGUCUAACGCGUUUACGACGUAGUUGUGUGCUUUCAGGCCCACUCAUUUUUCGCUUAAACCAUUUCUAUAGGUUGAAAAGGGCGGAGGCUAACUUGGCUAACGUUAGCUAGCGGCAGCCAUCUUAGGCGAGCAUGUAAUCUUGGCUAGCUGGAAGUGCUGGUGUGGCAGAACAAGAUGGCCUGUUAUUAGUCGCACAAGGAGAAUUUCCGCGUCGGUAGUGAAGGCAGAAAUACAGCCAAAUCGCAUAUAUCGUUUAGAAAUCUCCAUGGUUUGCUAACUAACAACAGCGCUGCCCUCAACAAAAAAACACCUUUAUACCCCCGAUUCCUACUUGAGUUAUCGUCCGGCAAGAAAACGGAGGUCGCAGGGCUGGAGUGUGUUCUCAUGGCCGAGUCAGAGACUGAAUGUGACACACCCGGCCUUGACACACUUGGGUCGGAGUGUGUCAUAGCCCACAGCCAUGUCGACCUUCAUUAUGGAGCAGAAACAGAGAUCAUGACAGAGGAAAAGCGUGGAUUAGAGCUGGAGAUCCACGGUUCAGACUUAAAGAUCCAGGGACUGGGAGAAGGGCUCGGAGCUGUAGCCUGUGUGGAUGCAAUUGUAGCUGAGACGGACCAUGAUUACAUUAAGGUGGAACAUGGUGAGAUGCACUGUUUCACAGGAGCAGAAAUCAAGACGUCAGGAAGUGAGGCCCUGUUGGGUGAGGUGCUGCUCAAAACAGAGAGUGAGCAUGUAGUGAAAGUGGAGUCGGAUCAUGGUGGAGAGCUAACAGUGGAGUCUGAGAAUGGAGUGAUCAUACAUGAAGCCCAUGGUCUACAGUGCAAUGAGUGUGGGGAGAUUUUCGGCAGCAUAGCUGAUCUUCAUCAGCACUUCGAGAUCCAUAAAGACCUGAACCCUUACAUAUGUGUCCACUGUGGUGAAAGCUUUGCUGUGGAGGCCAGUCUCAAGCAGCACAUGAAGAUUCAUAUGAAAGAAAAGCCCUAUGUUCCCCCUGGAGUUGAAAUUAUGGGCAAAGAUGUUAUUGAUGCCUUCAGCCUCAAGUCUCAUCAGAUGAUUCAUUUACCAGACAAGCCCCACAGAUGCUCAGAGUGUGGUAAGAGCUUUGCAGCUGCAAUCACCCUGAGAGAACACAUGAAGAUGCAUUCAGAGGAUAAACCCUACAAGUGCACCCAGUGUAGGAAGAGCUUUGUCCGCAGGAGGCAUCUGAAAAAACACCAGGAGGUCCAUGCGCGUGAGAAGCCAUAUACAUGCGGCCAGUGCGGCAAAGGCUUUGCUACAACGUCCAACCUGAAGCAGCACCAGAAAACCCACGCUGCUGUUGUGCUGGGUGACAAACCCCACCGAUGCGCGCAAUGUGGAAAGUGUUUUGCUGCCGCUGCCACUCUGAGAGAGCACCAGAGGAUCCACUCGGGUGAGAAGCCAUACAAAUGCAAUAUGUGCAGGAAGAGCUUUGUCCGCAAGCGCCAUCUGAAGAAGCACCAGCAGGUCCAUGCCGGUGGGAAGCCCUACACAUGCAGACAUUGCAACAAGGGCUUCAAUCAUUCAUCCUCUCUCUCUCGCCACCACAAGACUCACCUGCAGAAUCCAGUGUUCUCUCCUCCUCAGCCUGGGAAAACCCUGACCUAUGGCACUCCCCCGAAGCAGAGGGUGCACCAGCAGGGAGACAAGCCCUACAUGUGCCAUCACUGUGACAAGGGCUUCAAUCAUUCCUCUUCCCUGUCCCGGCACCAAAGAGUCCACUCAGAGGGAAAGAGCUACACCUGCGCUCACUGUGGCAAAAGAUUCAAUCACUCCUCCUCCUUGGCCCGGCAUCAGAGAGUCCACUUGGAGAACAAACAACAGCAGCAGCAACCACAACCCCCACAGCCGCCACCGCAGCAGUACACCACCAUUCCUACACCGAAGGGAUUCCCCAACAACGCCUUCCCAAAACAGCGCAUCCUGUCGGUGGAAAAACCUUACAGGUGCUCCCAGUGUGGAAAAGGCUUUAACCAUUCGUCCUCCCUCUCUAGACAUCACAGGAUCCAUGUAGAUCAGUGAGCUUUUCCCACCCUCACACAAGCAUCCACGCUCCCACACCCGCUUUCUGUUCUGCCAGUGGUCCCAUCUUCUAUAUAAAAACAACAGUUCAACUUCUAUGGACAUAAAAUGGUCAGGUCAGCACAUUACUACGUUUAAGUGGAGCAGCUGAGAAUAUAUGGACAGAAAUACUCUUUAAUAGGACUGUAUGACCUGUAACCCAGAGCUGAACCCGGGACUCUGCUCAGUAUAAAGAGGAUGAUGACAAUAAAUUGUAAAGGAGCCUCUGUUCUUGUUUGUGAUUGUGCUUCUCUCGCUCCAGGACCUCUUGAACACUUUUAAAGAAAAAAAAAAAGGUUAUUUGAAGAUUGCCAUGAUAAUAUUGUUACCUGGGGAAAAUUUGCUUCACCCUCUGGUUAGUCAUUUUGAUAGAAGAAUCCAGUUAAUGUACCUUCAGGUGGGCACAUGCGCUUUUCAGCUGCAACUUUAUUCAAUUCUACCAACACAUAACGGUGAACAAAAACUGUUUUCUGAAUUGAAAGAUUUCUUUUUCACCCACAUAACCCAUGUGAAGCAAACAUUAUAAAUCCCAUGUAAAUACGUAUUGAUUUUUCUUUUAUAUAUAUGUAUAGGUGAAUAGUGUGCUGUUCCAAAAGAUUACAUUUUUGAUAGUAAGAUACACUUUGUCUCCACCUUUUUUUUCCUUUUAUGACUUUAAAUUGUUUUAAGUGUUGGAGAUAAACAGGUUGCAGGUGUUUUCAUGCCGCUUGUUAUUGAAUUUGGGCUUCAUCAGAGAAGAGCCAUCUUGUAUAUUUAUAAAGUUGUUUUCUUCUAUGUCUAUGAUGGGUUAGCAAUGCUGCAAAGACUGUACAGAGAGCAAUACUGGCUGACUCCCUGGUUCUUUUAUGACAUGCAGUUAGCCAUAAGGUAAUGCAGAAUAGAAAAUAAAAUCUACUGGGUAGCAUAUUAAAACAUGACCUGUGUCUUGAUUUUUUUUUACAGUGCUUUUUUCCUUUGGUACCCCAAAUGUACAAUAAAUGCACACUCAUACUUUAAUCCCUUUGGAGACUAAUUCAAUUACCAGUGUGUUGAAUAAUGGUAACUCUACUCAUGUUGAUCUGCAUCUGACCACAAUUUGAUCUAGAGAGAAUAAGGUUGUGUAUACUAAAAGACUACAGAGAUAAUCUCACUUUUACAAGAUUUUUUCUGAAUUCCAAUGGAUUGCGCUCUAUUUACUGUUAUGUGUAAAAUAUCUUUUACAAACUGAUGUAUUUUUUUAGAUAUGGCUUGGGUUAUAUGAAAGGGAAUGAGAGAUACAGUUUUUAUGGGAGUGAACAUGGUGAGCAAUAUUUUCUUUCAUUUUAUUUGGAUAACAAUUGUGCUUCAAACUGUAGCAUAGUUUUCUUCCUUGUGUUAGAUAGGUGCCUUAUUGCAUGCUAUGUAGAAAUGUAUGCUGAGCUGUUGUUUGAGAAAAAAAGUUAGGGUUUAUUUUUUUCCAGGAGUAUUUUGUUCUUAUUCAUACUAACUUACCCUACAUUUUAAUUUGAUGUCACUGAUACAUAUUGCUUUUUUUCUUUUGUGUAUAUUACCAUGCGUUUACACUGUUACGACCAUAUUGUCUUUAUUUUCUUUCCCCUUCAUUUUUGUCAAUGGCCUCAUUGUAGAAAGAAAUUGUAAAUGAUCCAUAUAGGCUUCUCUUGAGGGCAAAUCCUGUAACACCUCUUCCCAAUUUCUGAGUGGCACAUAUAUGGAUAAAUAAAGGUUGUUGACUCUC